AAUGUUAAUUUGUGGUAAAAAUACAACUAAUUGCGAAAUAGAUAAUAAUUUUAAUACCAACUGCAAAGUAGGUAAAGUUGAAUGUUUAGUUCACGAAUAUUGCUUUGUUUAUUGGACGGAAGAGUUACGCGAGGGUAAAAUAAAACGAUGGAAAUACGUUGGUUGUCUACAACCACAAUAUGGUAAUUUAUGUAAAUUAAACGAAGGAUUCUGUCUUGGCGAUUCAACUAAGAAAGAUCUAUUUUUCUAUGUUGAAAAGACACUAAACUUUGUUCAGGUUUUUUGCUGUUGUAAAUCGAAUCUUUGUAAUAUGAGAGUUCCAACUGAUAAAAGCGUAUUUGAAAGGAUAGAAAAGGAUAGACAGAGACCCAAUGACAAAAAUAGCGAGACUGCUACUAUAAGAGAGAGUAGUGAAAAGGAACUGAAUAAAACAAGUGUCAUUCAAGAGUUAAAAGGCAGAAAAUAUGAGUUAAGAAAGGAGCAAUUGCAUUUAGUUAUUGGAAUUUUUUAUACAAUAACACUCGCUUUAUCUACACCUUGCCUAAUUGUAGUCUGUACAGAAUACUAUCGCAGCUUUCCCAAGGAUAUUAAGACUAAUGAAGAAAGCGAAUUGAUUUAUGGAAAGUGUUUAGCAGUUAAUAAGUUCGAAUCAGAACAAUCUGAUAGUUCAAAGGAUGAUAUUGCACUCCCUGCCAAAGGAAUUAACAUUAACACUCCCUUCGACGAAGCAAAUUCAAAUCUAGCAGCCGAAAGAAUGGAGAAUAUUUGGAAGAAUAAAAAUAUCCCAAAUAUUUAUUAA